AUGCCGCACGCGAACAACAUCAUCGACGCCGUCAAAAGAAUGGGCUCCAACCCGUUGAAGCUGCAUAUUCCAGAGGAAAAUAAGCCGACUAAUAAUGGUGCACAUUCUCCUCCAAUAAAUGGAACUCAUCCUUCGAAUGGGAAUGGACCUUUAUCACCGCCUAUAUUAGAUACAACUCCAAAGAAACCGCCUAAAGCUCCUCCGAGCAGGCCCAUCUUACCAGUAAAGAAAUCUAAAACGCUGCCUAUAGAUUUUGAUGAGAAAAUUCCGUCGAAGCCACCGACUACUCUUCUAAAUGGCAAAAAACUUUUUAUGGCGAAACCACUGAAAGAAGUUCACACCAUACCGCAGAACGGCGUUGAAAAUGGAAAACACUUAGUAAGUCGGUCUCCUGUCCCAUCUUAUAAACGAAGUAAUUCUUCUGCUUCCGUGGAGACGGGUUCCAUAGCGGAGCUUGCCCGUCGACAUGUACCUAGUUGCACAUUAUUAUCAAGAUCUCCAAGCCCACUCUCAUGUAGCAGUAUUCGAAGUUCUGCCAGCCAGUACUCGACAUGCAGCAGCAACGGGACUUACGUCCCACUAUCCCGUUCUUCGAGCAUGAACUCGACACUCUACAAUAGGACACCCACUCCAAGAAGGAUGUACCCACAAACCUGUGAUAAUUCUGAAAACGUAGAUUUAAAAGAGUUAAAGUCAAAAGAGCAAGCUCCUGUUGUUUUCGACGCUAACUUGUCAUUUAUCCUUGGCUGUAGCAAACAACCGCUCCGGCAACGAUUCAAACCAGUUGCAGCUCACAUGGAAGAUGGAACUUCUUCCAACUACUUGAGCAGCAAGAUUGAUAGCUUUUUGAAACGAACUGACCAUGUUAUGGAUGAGUGGCGAAGAUUAGGACACAAAGAUGAUUCUGCUAUGUUCAGUGAAAAUAAUCGAAGACUAGGCAGAUCUAAGUCUGCUACGAAUAUUAUGAUUAAGGGUUUCACAUUAUUCAGCCGGAAUGGGAGCAGAGCGAGCAGUGUAUGCCGAUCAAGUCGCGGUAUAUCGGAAGAUAGAACGACUGUUUCCGAAAUGGACGAGCUAUCAGAAGUAGGCGGUGAGCUAACUGAAGAGCGGGCGGCGGCUGGACUUGCAACUGAAAGAGCAGAUGCAGAAGCUGCAGAACGACUGCGAGUGGAGAGGGAUAACAGAGACUUGCUCGCUAACAACCAGAGAUUGCAACAAGCAUCCGAACGCCUCGAACUAGAGCUCCUCCACUGGCGUUCAGCCGACUCCGGUGGAGCCGAACCAUCAGACUCUGAAGGCUCGGAAGCAGAUGCUGCAGCAUCAGGAGAUAAAUACAAACGACGAUUCGAAAGAGCUCACCGGGAGCUGCAGCUACUCCGAGCUCAACUCCGCAGGCAACAUGAGGAUGAUCUAGAACAAUUAGUUACUGUGAAAAAGCAAUUGGAGAAAAAGGUGCAAGAUGCAUACGAGGAAGUGGAGGAACAGAGAGCAGUGGCUGCCCAAUGGAAACGAAAGCUGCAAAAGCUCACCAACGAUAUGGCAGACUUGCGAUCACUGCUUGACGAACAGACGUGUCGCAACAACCUGCUUGAAAAGCGGCAACGUAAGUUCGACAGUGAACUCCAAGCAGCACAGGAAGAGCUCAAACGGGAAAGAAGCGCCAAGGAACGACUGUCACGGGAACGAGAUCAGGCACACGCUGAAAAGUACGCCAUCGAACAGAGUCUCUCU